AUGUUGCCCUCACGCAUGUCGCGCUCUAUACUGCCGCGCGCAUCGGCCCUUUCUCGCUCAUCAACAUUAAGAUCGCCAGUCGCCACAUCUUUCUCAAGAUUCUACUCAAAUGGCGGAGACGAGAAGGUUAAGGGCCCGGUCAUCGGUAUCGACCUGGGUACCACCAACUCCGCCGUGGCCAUCAUGGAGGGAAAGACCCCGAGGAUCAUUGAAAACGCUGAGGGCACGCGAACAACCCCAUCAGUAGUUGGUUUCACCAAGGAGGGUGAGCGUCUGGUCGGUGUCGCCGCCAAACGACAAGCCGUCGUCAACCCGGAGAACACCCUCUUCGCUACCAAGCGUCUCAUCGGCCGCAAGUUCACCGAUGCCGAGGUUCAGCGCGACAUCACCCAAGUCCCCUACAAGAUCGUCCAGCACACCAACGGUGACGCGUGGUUGGAGGCCCACAGCCAGAAGUACUCGCCGUCACAGAUCGGAGGGUUCGUUCUGAACAAGAUGAGGGAGACCGCCGAGGCCUAUCUCGGCAAGAAGGUCCAGAACGCCGUCGUCACCGUGCCCGCCUACUUCAACGACCAGCAACGUCAAGCCACCAAGGACGCCGGUCAGAUCUCCGGCAUGAACGUCAUGCGUGUGGUGAACGAGCCGACUGCCGCUGCAUUGGCCUAUGGUCUGGAACGGGAGAGCGAUCGCAUCAUUGCCGUCUUUGAUCUCGGUGGUGGUACCUUCGAUAUCUCCAUUCUCGAGAUUCAGAAGGGUGUCUUCGAGGUCAAGUCCACCAACGGUGACACCCACUUGGGUGGUGAGGACUUCGACAUUAACCUCGUCCGCAACAUUGUCCAGCAAUUCAAGAAGGAGCAGGGCAUCGACCUGUCGAGCGACCGCAUGGCGAUCCAGCGUAUCCGUGAAGCCGCCGAGAAGGCGAAGAUCGAGCUGUCAUCGUCCCUCCAAACCGACAUCAACCUGCCCUUCAUCACCGCUGACGCCAGCGGACCCAAGCACAUCAACUCCAAGAUGACCCGCGCUCAGCUUGAGGGCAUGGUCGGUCCUCUCAUCGAGAAGACCAUCGAGCCGGUCCGCAAGGCUUUGAAGGAUGCCGGCCUCCAGGCCAAGGAGAUCCAGGAAGUCAUCCUCGUCGGUGGUAUGACUCGUAUGCCCAAGGUCACCGAGACCGUCAAGGGCAUCUUCGGUCGCGACCCCGCCAAAUCCGUCAAUCCGGACGAGGCCGUCGCCAUGGGUGCCGCGAUCCAGGGUGCCGUCUUGGUCGGUGACGUGACCGACGUUCUCCUCCUCGACGUCACUCCCCUGUCCCUCGGUAUCGAGACUCUCGGUGGUGUCUUCACCCGCUUGAUCAACCGCAACACCACCAUCCCGACCAAGAAAUCCCAGGUCUUCUCCACCGCCGCUGAUUUCCAAUCCGCCGUCGAGAUCAAGGUCUAUCAGGGCGAGCGUGAGCUGGUCCGCGACAACAAAAUGCUCGGCAACUUCCAGCUCGUCGGGAUCCCGCCCGCGCACCGUGGUGUGCCGCAGAUCGAGGUCACUUUCGACAUCGACGCCGACUCCAUCGUCCACGUGCACGCCAAGGACAAGUCCACCAACAAGGACCAGUCCAUCACCAUCGCGUCCGGCUCCGGUCUCUCCGACUCGGAGAUCCAGCAGAUGGUCGAUGAUGCCGAGCGCUACGGCGAGGAAGACAAGGAGCGCAAGUCGGUCAUCGAGACCGCCAACCGCGCUGACUCCGUGCUGAAUGACACCGAGAAGGCGCUCAAGGAGUUCGAGGACCGCCUCGACAAGGAGGAGGCCGAGCAGAUCAAGGAGAAGAUCGCGUCGCUGCGUGAGUUUGUCACCAAGAGCCAGGCCGGCGAGGGCACCACCACCGCCCAAGAGCUCAAGGAGAAGACCGAUGAGCUCCAGACCGCCAGCUUGACGCUCUUCGAUAAGAUGCACCGCGCCAAGGCUGAGCAGGGACAGGAGGGACAGCAGGGACAGCAGGAGCAGGCUGGCGAGCAGCAGCAACCCGGCGGUGAGGAGAAGAAGCCGUGA